AUGGCCCAUGGGGUGGAAGGUAAUAGCGGGAGUCAACUACUUAAGAACUUCAUGGCUCUACGACCCCCAGAGUUUAGCGGGGGAAUUGACGCAGUAGCAGUAGAAAGAUGGAUGAAGAUUAUGGAGAAACGCCUCAGAGCGCUAAGCAGAGAUUUGCAAAUAAAGAGCCUACCUAGCAGAACUUCAAGGGGCUUUCAACAAUACGUAUUUCCUGAGUGGAUGCGGGCACAAAAGGUGUAUGAGUUCAUUGAGUUAACUCAAGGCAACAAGUUAGUGGCCCAGUACAAGGUUGAAUUUAUCUCAUUGGCCAGGUUUGUGCCAGAGUUAGUGUCUUCAAAAGCAAACAAGGCGGCGAAGUUUCAACUGGGCCUACGUGCUGAAAUUCGAUAUGCCUUAGCCGGAGCCUGGAUUACGAACUACUUUGCCGUUGUACAAAGAGCUUAUGCCAUCGAAAGAGAUAGGAUUGAGAUGGGGAUGGAUCAGGCAACAUUAAAAGGAACGGGAUCUUCACAAGGGUGCAACAAUGAUAAGAAAAGAAGAUGGGAAGCGGGGCCAAGAAGGAAUGUUCUAGAAGUUCCAACAUGUAAGAUCUGUGGCAAGAAGCACAAAGACCUGUGUAUUUUUGCCAAAGGAGGAGGAGGUUGUUUUCUUUGUGAAUAG